AAACAUGAAAUGAAAAAAACUCAAAAAAGAAAGAAAAAUUUAACAUGCUCACAAUCACAACCCCACAACAUCAUGAUUCAUGACCAUAACAUAGAUCUCAUCUCAUCUCACAAUUCCUUACAAAAAAAGUAGUAAAAAGCUUCUCCAACCAAACAAAAACCAGAAAAAUAAAUAAAGUUCAUUCAUAUAUUCAUAUAUCUUUACUUUACAUCUUCCAUUUCAAUUACAUUAGCAAUGUUUGUCUUUGAGUGAACCAGACAAAUCUUUCAUUACCAUUUCUCUCACUACAUUCUAUCUUCUCUUUCUGUUACAUCUCUUUCUGCCAGCCAGCUCUUUCUGUCAACAACAUGUCAUUGCAAAUUCAGUUCUUUUCUUGGUCCAAGUGUAGUAAAAAUCACUGAUUUUUCACACUUUCUCUUCAAGGGUAAUUAAUUCUUCAAAAGAAGCAAAUAAACAUAAACAUAAACAUCUAUUGUCUACAUUUGUGUUUGUUUUUUUUCCUACCCUUUGGUGUUUUCAUUUUCAUUCUGAAAGAUGAGGAAGAAUGGAUGGCAGUUACCUUAUCAUCCACUUCAGGUGGUGGCUAUUGCUGUUUUUUUGGCUCUUGGUUUUGCUUUCUAUGUGUUCUUUGCUCCUUUUGUUGGGAAGAAGAUUUAUCAGUAUAUUGUUACAGGACUCUACACACCUUUGAUUAUUUGCGUCUUUGGACUGUACAUUUGGUGUGCGGGAGCUGAUCCAGCAGAUCCAGGGGUUUUUAAGUCGAAAAAGUAUCUUAAAAUUCCGGACAGCAAAAAGUUUAGUGGAUUCAAGGAUUCUAAACUAGGAAGGGAAACAAAUUCAUCGGUGAAUGACGGAAAUGCUUCAACAAUUGGACCAAAAUCUGUGGAUAAGGAAGCGUUGGGAACUGAUGCAAGUUUAAAAGACGCUUCUCUUUCAACAGAGAAGAAGAGUGCAUCACCGCGUUCCCCAUCCUGUUUUCUAUGGCUUUUCUCUCCUUGUGCUUAUGUAUGUAGCUGCUCUAGUUCACAUGAGGAUUCUUCUAAUCAACAUGCAAGUGAAGAUGGCAUGUUCUACUGCAGUUUGUGUGAAGUUGAGGUCUUCAAGUACAGCAAACACUGUAGAGUUUGCGACAAGUGUGUUGACCGCUUUGAUCAUCAUUGCAGAUGGCUUAACAACUGUAUUGGUAAAAGGAACUACCGAAAAUUUUUCACCCUUAUGGUUGCUGCUCUUCUCUUGCUUAUUCUUCAAUGGUUGACUGGGAUAGUUGUGCUUAUCUGCUGUUUUCUCAAGAGGAAGGAAUUUUCCGUGGAUGUAUCCUCCAAGUUGGGUAGCAGUUUCUCUCUGGUUCCUUUUGUUAUUGUGGUGGCAGUCUGCACGAUGUUGGCUAUGAUUGCUACCUUACCUCUUGUUCAGCUUUUCUUCUUUCAUAUUCUUCUCAUUAAAAAGGGAAUCAGCACAUAUGAUUACAUCAUAGCUUUGAGGGAGCAGGAUCAGCAAGGAGUUGGAGGUCAGCAGAGUCCCCAAAUGUCACCUGUUAGCUCAAUUACUGGACUAAGCAGUGCAAGCUCCUUUUCUACUUUCCAUCGCGGUCAAUGGUGCACACCCCCACGCAUGUUCGUUGAUGAUCAGUUUGAUGUAGUGCCACCAGAAACAGCAUCUGUAAGUUCACUUGGAAAGAAGUCAAUAAGAGAAGAACCAGUUAAGAAAAAGAAUCCUGGAGCAGUCAAAAUUAGUCCAUGGACAUUGGCACGGUUAAAUGCAGAAGAGGUUUCAAAGGCUGCCGCAGAAGCGAGAAAAAAAUCGAAAAUUCUGCAGCCUGUGGUGAGACAUAACAACGAGCCGUUCAGACUAGAAGCAGAUCAUAACUCUGGAAGCAGCGGACGGCGAAUGGCCCCAAGGAGACCAGGUAAACGCAUUAGAUUGCCUGCUGACUUACCAAUGGAAGCCUUAACAACAUAUUCUUCCAGUAAUGUCGACAAAGGCUUCAACAGAAUAUCUAGUCUAGCGCCUCUCCAGCUCGAAACACGGACAAGUGAAGUCGUGUCGAGCUCUGGUGGGAUUGUUGCAUCUUCUCCAGAGAGCAGUUUUGAUUCACCUGAUAUCCAUCCGUUUUGCAUGCCUCCGGCCGAAGGCGAAUCAGCAAGACGGCUUGCCGCAGCAGGUCUAUCUGUUGCUGGUCCGGCGACUCUGAAGGGAUUUCCGUUGUCGAGGUCAACUAGUGAUGGUUAUGAUGCAUCUGGAGGAGAAGACAGUGACAGGGUUCCUACAAGGAUUGUUCAUAGAUCCUCGACAACAAAUUGGAGUAAUCUUCUUUUCAAUGCUGAUCAAGAUGAGAGAGCUUUUGAGACAAAGUCAUCUAGCUUUUCUCAUAAUAGAAACUUGUGACCAAAUUGAGCUUUUAAUUUGACAAAAUCAUCAUCUAUCUUUCAAAUUCUAUUGUUGGGAAUUGUUCAUUCUUUGAUUUGAGUCCAAAUGAGUUACUACUUCCAACUUAAAGAACUUCAACAUCCCUUAACCUUCACCUUGUUUUGGAGGCAUAGAUUGGCUCAGUGAGAAUCCAUGUACAAAGUCUUAGGUCACAGAAACUAUCUUGAGCUUCCUAAUAUGUUGUUUUGUGCACCUUAUUUUCUUUGAUCAAAUUUUAAUCAGAGACCUUAUGUUAUGGAUAA